AGCAAUGUCCACCCGAGGUUCAUCUGGAUCUCCAUCGCAUGCCUCCCGUGGAGCCGCACGAAGACCUAAAAGUAAAGAGAAGGAGUCAGGGAGUGCAACCAGGCAGGGCAAAAACUCUGCAAUGUCCACCCGAGGUUCAUCUGGAUCUCCGUCCCGCACCUCCCGUGGAUCCGCACGAAGACCUAAGAGUAGAGAGAAGAAGCCAGGGAGUGCAAACAGGAAGGGCAAACACUCCGCUAAAAAGCAUGAAGAUUCUGCAGCAUCUGUCAGCUCCGGUCACCCGGAUUAUGUAAUUCCUCUAGUAUUAACCUCUAAAACGCAGGAAAUCUUCCAGUGUCGUGUGGAUGAGGAUGUCACCCAAGAAAACCCAUACAAACUAUUAAAGAAAGAAGAAAUAUUGAGUGAUCUGAAGACCCGGGCUGCAGUUUCAGACUUCAGCCCAAUUAAAUCUGUUAUAACAGAGUUUCCAGGAGAAGAGUUGCUGCUGGUCCUUGACACAGAGUUUAGAUAUGGACAGAAUUUUUAUCUGGUUAUAACAGAAGAAGCCAAGGAAUCCAUUCUGCACCCCCCUGAGGCUGUAAUUGAUGAAGAGGCAAAGGAAGAAGACACAGAAGAUUACACCUAUCACCCUCCUAUUCCCAAACCAUGGGUUUCUCUUGGUAGUGAAAAGGAAAUUGAAGAGGAAAUGGUCAAAGAAUCCAGAGCAAAGAUUAAAUUCAUGAUUUCACGAAUACGUCGUGAAUUUGGAGCUCAAGUCAAUUUCAGCGAUUACAAUGCGUCAGAUGUGAAAGAUGGGUAUAUGGAAUGCACUUCUUAUCAAGACAAGCGUUUCAACAUUAUACCUAAGGAGCGAGAUACAGGAAUACAGGUCAUACCACUUCUGCAGGAGCAGAGCACCCAGACCCAGUGGACUUAUCCACGCAAUGCCUGCACUCAAUCCCAGCCACGAGAG